AUGGAUAUUGAGACAAAUAAAUUUGAUAAAAUCAGACGACAGAUUGAAUUCUACUUCAGCGAUCCUAACAUCAGGCAUGAUAAAUUUUUUAGAAAAAAACUUAUGGAAUACAGAUAUUUACAUGACUUUGGAAUUCCAAUUUCUAUAAUUUCUAAAUUUAACAAGAUAGUUGAACUCGAUGCCUCUGUGCAAGAUGUUAUUAAUUCUCUUUCUUCCUCGAAAGUUGUGUAUGUUAAUAUCGAAACUCUUACUAUUCACCGCUUUAAACCGAUUGAUGUUGAUUUAUUUGGAAUUGUUCCUUACGAUCAAAUGCUUUUUAUUAAGGGAAUACCAAAAAAAUGGGACCAUAAUAAUGUUAAGUCACUUUUGGGGAGAUUUGGCAAAGUAUCGGUUGUAAAAUUACCAAAAAUUAAUAAAUCUAAUAUCAGGAGGCACUAUGGAUUUGUUGAAAUGGAGACACCUCAGCAAGCCAAAAAUGCUAUUGAAAAUUACAAGGAGGUUUUCCCAUUCUCGAAAAUUAUGGUACUACCUUGGUCGAACUGGGUCUCAAAAAAAAAUGCAUUUAGGGAAAAAUCUAGAAGAAACUCAACUUGA